AUGAUAUUCAAGGCCCUCACCUCCGCCCUGUUGAUCGGCUCGGUGCUAACCUGCCCACCGGCCGAUUCUUCAUCAUCGGGGAAUGGGGCUGUACCAGCCUCCGGAAGACUGGUAAGCCACGGGCAGCUGAUUUACACCUUCCACCCAGCAGUGAAGUAUAAGUUGAUGUCUAGUGAACCAACGGCCAAAUCGGAUGUUCAAAAGGCGGUAUCGGCUGCCCUUAAAAGCCGCCAAAUAACGCUGGCCGACGACGCCGAAAUCGAUUUUUCGAAUUUAUUUUCGAUAGAUAUGGAGCUGAACAAGGACUGUACCAAUACAGUGACGGACAAACAGUAUGAUGAAGAUAGCAACAGUCAAUAUUUUACUAAACCCUGUUCAGCCGGGGUUUCUUGGCCGCCAGCCGUGACCAUAAAAUUCGAACUUCCGCGUGCCUACCCGGUUUCCGAUGUUGAGAAGGCUAUUGACGAGGUUCGGUCUUCUGCUUCCCACCUGCAGAUUCCACAUCAUCAGGAAAUGCUGCUGUACCAGCGAUUUGUGAGUAAUGGGGAGCUUCUUUUCACAUUCCAUCCGGCGAUCAAGUAUGCAGAGCCGUCCAGCAAAUCCACUGCAGAAUCGGCAUUUAAAAGAGCGGUGUCGGCGGCUCUUAAGAAACACCAAAUAACCGUGAAUGAUGACACAGAUGUAACGUUUAUUAAUAUGUUCGUGGAGUCGAUGGUCAAAACCACUGAUGCCGCCCCGACCGAAUGUGAAGCUAGCCCUAAACCCGCGACAUAUACCCAGGAUGCUAGCCACAAGUACUGGGUUAAACCAUGUCAUGCGGUUUCGUGGCCACCAGCAGUUUUCAUCAAAUUCAUGCUACCACGAGGCUACCCGCUGUCCGGCGUGCAGAGGGCCGUUGACGAUAUCAAAGAAGAGCUGAAAGACGAGAUGGAAAUCGUUGACGAGCUGACCAGAAGCAUACUAUUGAACCACCAA